ACACAUGGGCGGGGCUUCCGCUCCCACCGGAAGUCAGGCGAGCGAAAAAAAUCCAUCUGUUUAGCUUGAAGAGAAAUGGAACAAAAACAGUGAUUCCUUUAUUAUUCGGAGUUGCGUUUGUAAGCUAUGGCUCAGACUGAGAAGAAAGCAGGUCUGCUGAGGAGAACAUCCUCUUCGAAGAAGCCUCUGAAGGAGAAAGUGGUGCUGAUGUACGAUGAGAUAUUUGCAAAGGAAGACCCUACCAAGCACAAUCCUCGCUUCUGGGAUGAGCUGUUUCUGAUGAAGGUCAAUCUGGAGUAUCUGGAGGGGAAGUUGGAGUCUCUGGAUGGGGAUGAAGUCAUGAAAAUCAAAGACAACAUCAACAGUUUGUUCCAUCACUGUGUUCAAGCUCUGGGUGAAGAGCACCAGAUCAAAGUAGUCAAUGCGCUGCAGACUCUCUGUGCACUGUUUCGAGGAGUUCACCAGAAGAACAAGUCUGCCACAGGCUUUGACAUCAUCAACAUGCUGAUGGGCUUCGACAAAGCUGAGCUCCGAAUGAAGGAGCUAAUGGAGAGCCUGGACAGUCUGCUGUGCGGUGAUGGAUCGGAGAGUCUGAAGAGUUUGUGUCUAAAACUACUGCUGUGUCUGGUCACUGUGACCGAUAAUAUUAGUCAGAACACCAUUCUGGAGUAUGUGAUGAUCAACAGUAUAUUUGAGGCCAUUCUACAGAUUCUUUCUGACGUUUCCAGUCGAGCGCAGCAUGGAUAUGAUGCUGUGGUACUAUUAGCUCUGCUGGUCAACUACAGGAAGUAUGAGUCUGUGAAUCCUUACAUUGUGAAACUGUCGAUAGUGGACGACGAGCCGACCCUGGAUGGCAUGGGAAUGGUCAUCCACCACGCACUUACAGAGUACAAUAGGCAGUAUAAAGACAAAGAAGAAGAAAACCAGGGAGGCUUUUUUUCCACCCUUUCCAGCAUGGUGGGCAGUAUGUUUAUCGCUGAUGCAGAUGAGAAGCUGUCAGUACAGACUAAUGAAGCCAUCCUGCUCGCUCUGUAUGAGGCCGUGCAUCUCAACAGAAACUUCAUCACGGUUCUUGCACAGAGCCAUCCGGAGAUUGACAUGGCAACGACCCCGGCUACACCCGUCCCAGCCUCUCCUACGACCCCGCUAGGCACCACACCACCCUCUCUGGACAUGAUGAAUAAUCCCGAGCUUCCUCUGGACCCAAACUUGCAGACGAGUAAUCUUCUUAUAACCUUCCUCAAAUAUUCCUCCAUCGUAAUGCAGGACACCAAAGAUGAACACAGACUCAACAGUGCCAGGCUGUGCCUCAUCAUUCUGACCUGCAUAGCCGAGGACCAGUACGCCGACGCUUUUCUCCACGAUGAUAACAUGAACUUCAGAGUCAACUUGCACAGAAUGCCCAUGAGACAUCGAAAGAAAGCCGCGGAUAAGAGCAUCCCCUCUCGGCCUUUAGUUUGUGCAGUUCUGGAUCUGAUGGUUGAGUUUAUCAUUACUCAUAUGAUGAAGGAGUUUCCUAUGGAUCUCUACGUGCGCUGCGUUCAGAUAAUUCACAAACUGAUCUGCUACCAGAAGAAGUGCAGAAUUAGGAUGCACUACACGUGGAGAGAGCUCUGGUCAGCUCUCAUUAACCUUCUGAAGUUCCUGCUGUCUAAUGAGACCAUCCUUCUGGCGAAGCACAAUAUCUUCCAGCUGGCUCUUCAGGUGGUGAACCUCUUUAACAUGUUCAUCACGUAUGGAGACACGUUUCUGCCCACGCCCAGCAGUUACGACGAGCUCUAUUAUGAGAUUAUACGCAUGCAUCAGGUGUUUGAGAACCUCUACUGCAUGGUGCUGCGAGUCUCGACCAACGCAGGCCAGUGGAAGGAGCCUGCUAGUAAAGUUACUCACGCUCUCGUCAACGUCAGAGCAAUUAUUAACCACUUCAACCCUAAGAUUGAGUCAUACGCUGCUGUGAACCACAUCUCACAGCUCUCAGAAGAUCAGGUGCUGGAGGUGGUGCGCUCAAACUACGACACGCUAACCUUGAAGCUGCAGGACGGUCUGGAUCAGUUUGAGCGUUACUCUGAGCAGCCCAGAGAGGCCGGCUUUUUCAAGGAGCUGGUUCGUUCCAUCAGUCUGAACGUGAGGAAGAACGUGUCUCUGAGUACAAUGAGUCAGGAUGUACUGCUGAAGGAGUUCUCCUUGAUAUCCUGAAACAGCGGGCCUUUGACCUUCAUACUGACACAUCUGAGGCUUCUCCACGUUACACCAGACCAUCUAGAACCGGACAGGACUGAAUUUGAUCUUCAGGCUGUAUACUGACGCAGUGUGUGAGUUUGGUUGCGCUCAGAACUGACUCGUAUUGGCUUCACAAAGCCAUCAGCCCAACUUUGCACAAUGCGAUUUUUGAUUCUGACUACACGGUAUAUUUGGUUCUUGAUUUUUUUUUUUUCCCCUCCUUUUAUUGGCGGUCCAGUGCUGUUUCUGUUGAUUCUAGUGCAUAUUCUUCAUUUCCUUAGUAUCAUAACGGAUGAAAACCAAUGUGCUCACACAGAAUUACUGCUGAUUUUCAGUUAUUUUCUACAUUCAGAGUCAAUGCAAACAAAAUAUCCUAUUUGCAUGAACCUGAAAAAGAAAUGUCCGGGUCAUUAUAAUUUGCAUUAAUCAAAUGAAGCCAUUAAGAUUUACACACUGACAUAUUUUCGUGACAAACACAUUUUCUCCAAAUUCGCAUUAUUGUAAUGCAAAAAAAAAAGAGACAAGAUUCUCAUUACCAUAAUGCGGCAAAAAAUCUCAUUCUCAUUACCGUGAUAUGCUGAUGAUCAUUUUACGUUUUUUAAUUAAAGACUUCAUCAAUUCAGUUUAACACAUACUACCAUAAUGCAUACUUACAAUUUUAAAUAUGUUUAAUAUAUUACGGUAAUGAGAAUUUGUGAAAUUUGCUUAAUCGACUUAUAACCUUAAUGCGCCAAAAACUCAUUCUCAUU